AUGGUUUCAACAAACACCUCAGACUUCUUAUCAAAUCUUCAUGAUUCUCUUUUGGUUAUGAUAAUCUCGUUGUUACCAUUCAAAGAAUCGGUACUAACGAGUGUUCUUUCAAAGAGAUGGAGAAAUCUUUGUCGUGAGACAACAAGUCUUGUCGUCAAAGAGUCUGAAAUUGCAAAACCCACAAGUCGUGAUAGCGCUUUCUUGGUUGCUGUUAUGCUUGAAUGGGUUGAUCUGGAGCAUAAUCAGUAUAGAUCUUUUCAAGGAUUAACAUGUUUGAUGCAAAUCUCCACCAGAACCGAGGAUUAUAUUGUUGAUACAUUCAAGCUUUGGGAUCACAUUGGUCCUUAUCUAAGGGAACUCUUCAAAGACCCUAAAAAGAAAAAGGUUAUGCAUGGAGCAGAUCGUGAUAUUAUUUGGCUUCAACGGGACUUCGGCAUUUAUGUCUGCAAUCUUUUUGACACAGGACAGGCCUCAAGGGUGCUAAAGCUGGAGAGAAAGAGUCUCGAAUUUCUUCUGAAGCAUUAUUGUGGAGUUGCUGCAAACAAAGAAUACCAAAAUGCAGACUGGAGAAUACGACCGCUUCCGGAUGUAAUGACAAGAUAUGCUAGAGAAGAUACCCAUUAUCUUUUGUACAUUUAUCAUGUAAUGCAAAUAGAUUUGCACAUAAUGGCAAAGGAAAACGAGCAAUCUGACUCUCCUCUAAUAGAGGUUUACAAACGCAGUUACGAUGUGUGCAUGCAACUAUAUGAGAAAGAGCUUUUGACUGAGGAUUCAUAUCUUCACGUUCAUGGGGUUCAGACAGGUCACCUCAAUGCAGUUCAACUUGCCAUUAUUGCGGGGCUUUGUGAAUGGCGAGAUCAGAUUGCACGUGCAGACGAUGAGAGCACCGGUUAUGUAUUGCCAAACAAAACACUUAUUGACAUAGCCAAGGAUAUGCCAAUUAAUGUUGGCCAGUUGCGACGGUUGUUGAAGUCAAAGCAUCCUUACAUCGAGCGUAAUUUUGACGCUGUGAUCAAUGUCAUCAGACGAGCAAUGCAAAAUGCAGCGGCAUUCGAGCCAAUUGUUCAAUCUUUAAAAGAUUGGCGUCCUGGAACAGUUGAGAAAAAUAUCAUACCUAUGAUUGAGAAACCGAGUACAGAGUUCACAGCUUAUUUGGAGUUUUGCCCUCAAAGAGGAAGUUUGAAAGGAAAGGAAGUUGUCAAAGUGUCCAAGUCCAAGCCAGAUAAUGUCAUAGUGCUGGAUGAUGAUGAUGAUACCGAUGAACAGAGCUGGGAAAGAGGGGAUGCUUCGAAUAGGGCUUUGGAAAUGCCUUCACAAUCAAUGACUCAAGUGCCAAAGACAAGUAGUACGGAAAUUGUAGUUAUAGAAGAUGAUGAUGAGUCAGAGAAUGACUCGGAAAGUAGAGAAGAUGAAGAUAUGAUUAGGAGAAGUGAGAAGCAUAGGAGAUUCAUGAGUCUAAAACGCGGCUUUCUUAACAUUUAGCCCUUUAGCUUUUGUGGUACAGUGUGCAAUGUUUUGGUCGCUGUUUUGUGUAUUAGUAGACCAA